GUCGCAGUUCCAACAUCGCGUCGUUUAGUCGAAAAGGUUUUGUUAACGUAUUCGGGUCGAAAGUGGAAUAAGAGUGCAACUCUAUCGGUAACGGGAGCUAAGUGUAGAGAGAUCUUCUAACUGGGAUUAUUAUUCAAAUAAUUUGUUAAUAUAACAUCCAAGUGGUUCUCUAAGUGUAAAAAUAAUGCGUCCAUUUUAUUCAAUUUUUAUAUUCUUUAAUAUAUUUGCGAUCAUCCGAACGGACAGCGGUGAAUUUGAAAAACUAGUUAUACCGCCAACCUAUGGAGGAGUUUCCAACAAAAAUGUUAAUACCAGCCACUCCAUGGCUGCUCGUUCCUAUAUUGGUGGCCAGAGCGCCGGAGGUACGGAGUGUUCCUUUGGCACAGAAUGCACUCCGCUGCACGAUUGCACGGCAAUGAUCUAUGAGGUGGCCAAGAACUGUUAUUAUGGCGAUAAGUCGCUCUUUUGUGGCGGUGGAGAAGAGAUGCCCUAUGUAUGCUGUCCGAGCAGUCCGCUGGAGAAGAAUCAGGUGUGCGGUAAAUCCCUGGUUCAAGGACAUUUUUACAAGGGACUCGGCUCGUAUCCGUUCGUGGCACGUGUGGGCUUUAAGCAUGUAAAUACUGGCGCCUUUGCGUAUCCUUGUGCUGGUUCCAUCAUUGCCCGUCGGGUUAUUCUAACUGCCGCCCAUUGUGCGCUGGCCAAGGCCGAUGGUCACCGCCUAUCAUCGGUGCGCGUUGGCGAAUAUGACACCUCUAGUGAUCCGGACUGUGCCAGCACGGGCUUCUGUGCACCUCGCUCCGUGAAUCAUGCCAUCAGCCAUGUAAUUGUGCAUCCAGACUAUAAACAAGGCCAAUAUCAUCAUGACAUUGCACUGCUUGUGCUCAAAACACCGCUAAACUACUCGGUUGCCACACAACCGAUCUGCUUGCAAAAGACACGCGCCAAUUUGGUAGUGGGCAAACGGGCCACCAUUGCCGGCUGGGGCAAGAUGUCCACGUCGAGUAUACGUCAGCCAGAGAUGUCGCAUUUGGAUGUGCCACUGACCAGCUGGGAUCUCUGUCUGCGCAACUAUGGCUCAACGGGCGCCCUAGAAUCCCCCAAUUCCAUUGAGGGUCAAUGGAUGUGCGCCGGCGGCGAGGGCAAAGAUGUCUGUCAAGGAUUUGGUGGUGCGCCCCUAUUUAUCCAGGAGAAUGGCAUUUUCUCACAGAUUGGCAUCAUGUCCUUUGGCUCGGAUAACUGCGGCGGCCUGCGCAUACCCAGCGUCUACACCAGUCUGGUCUACUUCCAGGAGUGGAUACACGACAACACACCUCCGGAAUAAGUCCGGAUUCAAGCAGAUUCUGUUGCAAUCUUCCCUUAAGAUAAGCCUCUAAUUCGUACGAUUUGUAAAUUUGCUUUAUAUUGUUUUAUUUGCAAAUAAAAAAAAACUCAACUAUUUUUCUGUACUUGAAA